AUGCUCGUGAAAAAUAACUUCAGGCAGCCAACUAAAUCAGGUCUAAAUGGACUGUGCUCUUUCCUUUCAGGACACGGUGGAAUAAAUCAACUGGGAGGCAUGUUUGUGAAUGGAAGGCCGUUACCUGAUGUAGUAAGGCAGCGGAUUGUGGAUCUCGCACAUCAGGGAGUGCGACCCUGUGAUAUUUCCCGACAGCUCAGGGUCAGCCAUGGGUGUGUCAGUAAAAUCUUGGGCAGGUACUACGAAACAGGCAGCAUUAUGCCAGGAGUCAUUGGGGGCUCUAAGCCCAAGGUUGCUACACCGACAGUGGUGGAGAAGAUCGCAGAAUACAAGCGGCAGAAUCCUACAAUGUUCGCAUGGGAGAUUCGUGACCGGCUACUUGCAGAGGGAGUAUGCAAUAAUGACACAGUGCCUAGUGUCAGCUCCAUUAACAGAAUUAUAAGAACCAAAGUGCAGCAACCAUUCCAUCUACCUCUCGAAGACCAUUCUGGUACGAGGCUCAGUCCUGGACACACGCUGGUCCCCAACUCAACAGUUACACCACCUGAAUCUCCUCCAACCAGCGACUCCCUAGGCUCCUCCUAUUCCAUUAAUGGUCUUCUUGGGAUUGUACAGUCUGGCAAUGAGACCAAGAGGAAAGUGGCUGAAAGUGAGCAGGACAAUUGUGUGAUCAGCGCCGAAUCCCAGAGCAGCAGCGGAGGUCCUCGAAAGCAGCUCCGCUCCGAGGCCUUUGCCCAGCAGCUCGAGGCCCUGGACUGCGCCUUUGACAGGCAGCAUUAUGCAGAGGUCUUUGCAACUGCCAGCCACAACAAAGGGGAACAGACCGCUCUGUAUCCACUUUCAUCCUUAAACAAUGGAAUGGAUGAAGGGAAGCCAAGCUUGACCUCUUCUAGCACUCCAAUUGGCAGAAAUAUCACUGGAUCACAGGCAUACUCGGUGGUGACAGGGCGUGAGAUGGUAAGCUCGACACUACCAGGGUACCCACCUCACAUUCCUGUAAAUAGCCAGGGCAGUUACACGUCAUCUGCCAUUGCUGGAAUGGUGUCUGGAAGUGAAUAUUCAGGAAGCCCUUACACUCACUCCCACUACACAUCUUACAAUGAUGCCUGGCGCUUUACCAAUUCCGGAUUAAUAAGUUCCCCUUAUUAUUAUAGUUCCGCACCAAGGACCAGCGCACCUCCCGCUGCUGCCGCUGCCUACGACCACCUCUAG